AUGGCUCCUCGCCGCCUGUCCUCUUUGGUGGGCAGUACCAAGGAUGGACCGUUUGACUCGACUAUUGCGACCGAGACCCAACUGGCACAGCUGGGCUAUGAGCAAGAACUCAAACGCUCAUUCUCCCUUCUGGGCAUGGUGGGAUUCAGCUUUUCCAUCGUCACUUGCUGGACCGCCCUGGGAGGGACUUUGAUUGUGGGCAUCGUCGCUGGCGGUCCUCCCGUCAUGGUCUGGUCGUGGGUGGGCAUUUGUCUGCUCUCCCUGACCGUCGCCUACUCGUUUGCCGAAAUGUGCUCCGCCUAUCCCACUGCGGGCGGCCAGUACAGCUGGGUGGCUAUCCUCGCUCCGCCCAAAUACGCCCGUGGUGCCGCUUUUGUCACGGGGUGGUUCAUGUGUACGGGCAUCGUGGCCAUGGGCGCCGUCAACAACUUUCUCGGCGCAAACUUCAUCCUUGGAAUGGCCAAUCUGAACAAUCCAUCCUACACCAUCGAGCGUUGGCAUACCGUGCUGGUGACCUACCUGAUAGCAACACUCGCCGCCCUCUCGAACGUCUACCUCUCCCGCUGGCUCAAUCAGAUCUCUACCUUUGCCGUGGCGUGGAACAUUCUCAGCUUUUUUGUCGUCAUCAUCACCAUCCUGGCCGCCAACGAUCACAAACAGUCUGCCAGCUUUGUAUUUUCUGAUUUUCAGAAUCAGACCGGUUUCUCGUCGGGCGGCAUGGCUGUCAUGAUUGGUCUUUUACAGACAUUGUUUGGUAUGUGCUGCUACGAUGCUCCUAGCCACAUGAUCGAGGAAAUGCUCAACCCGGCAAAAGAAGCACCCCAGGCCAUCAUCCUCUCUGUAUACCUAGGUGCUGUGACCGGAUUCGUGUUCCUGAUCUCGGCGUUCUUCUGUAUCGGCGAUCUCGACGCUACGGCAACAACGCCGACAGGGGUGCCGCUGAUCCAGAUCUUCUUCGACAGCACAGGCAGCACUGGAGGGGCGACAACGCUCGCCUCCAUGAUCACUGUCAUCAUGCUCAUCUGCUCCAACUCGCUGAUGGCCGAGGGGUCGCGGGCACUCUGGGCAUUUUCACGCGACCACGGUCUGCCCUUCAGCAAGCUGUGGGCCCGCGUGAACAAGAGGUCUCAAGUCCCCGUGUACAGCGUGCUGCUGUGCGGUGUGCUCCAAGCCGGGCUGAACAGCAUCUACUACGCCUCCUUCGAGGGGUUCUCGACCGUCAUCUCCAUCGCCACCUUUGGCUUCUACCUCUCGUACGCAGCGCCGCUGUUCGUGCGGCUGUGGUCACUCGUCACACACGCCAACCCGGCCGCGACCACCAUCCGCGGCGGCGUCUACACCCUCGGCCGGUGGUCGCCCUACAUGAACCUAGCGGGCCUGCUGUUCCUGGUCUUUGCGGGCAUCGACUUCAACUUCCCCCAAGUCGGCCCCGUCACCGCCAGCAACAUGAACUACUGCAGCGCGGCCUUUGGCGUCAUCGGCCUCGUCAGCAUCGUCACCUGGCUCUUUGACGGGCGCGAGAACUUUACGGGACCCCAGACCCCGGGUAUCGUCAAUGCCAUUGACGCCGCCGCCGGUGGAGGUGACGACGACAAGGGAUUGACACCUGACAGAGUGGUGACUGGCGACGUUGAUGUGAAGGACACAAAGGAUGAGAAGCACGCCGUGACGGGUUCGCCCGGAGGGGGAAGCAAUGAAACGGUGACCGUCGGAGAUGUGGGCAAGAUCGCAUAA